UGGCCCGUGCAACUGAUAAGCGAUGUCGGUCGGGAUAUCGAGGUUGAAUACUGGACAAAUGAAUAUAAAGACUACGAGGUUGCGUUUUUGCUUUGGAAUCGGACGGUUAACAUUGUACCUUCAAUUGUGGCACAUUUUCGUUCGGAAGACAUUUAGAAUAGACUUUAUAGCUUGUGUUGUGUUAAGGAUUAAAACAAUAAAUAUAGCUUGUUGAAGUUAGCUUUAAUUUAUCGCAAGGACGAUAUUUAGCUAGUAAAAUGUGGUCAUUAAUCAUGUUCACAGCUAUUGUCUACUUUAACCUAGAUACCAAGUAGCCUGCGGAAGGCACACUGUACAGCUGAAUCAAAAUUUAACAAUAACAACUCACGAACAAAUGAAAUCUUUUUAUUUUGGCGGGAAAAUCUCGCGCGCAAUAUUUGCUGUACACAAAAUGUUCGUUGUCCUUGGCCUUCUUCGGAUUUAUUUUAGCUGUUGAUAACUUUCUAUUAGUGUAGGUUUCUUAUGCGUGUUGAUCGUACAGUUUUAUAACCUCUAAGACCAUCUGGUAAAUGUCAUUUAUGCAGGCCAAUAUCGAGUUUCGGCAACAGGCUUUGAUGAUACCAACCGUGCCUUUGUAUAUAUUUUUCAUCAUUUUAUUCUACGUUUUGUGAUUAUAGCUUUAAAGUUCAGAUAUGAGGCAUGUAUGGAGCUUGCUUUGUGAGUUAUCCCAGCCUGAGAAAACUUGUAGAAUAAAAAUGAGCUGUGACCUUAUCUCAUAGUUGGAACUUAUCUCUGAAAGUUGAUAAAAUCAACUUUCGCAAUUGUAUAGAAAUUGCCAACAAUUAAAUUUAAUUUAGGUCAAUUUAGGAGAACGAUUGUCAUUGGGGUAACACAGAUGUCAAAAGUAAUACCUAAAGCGAAUAAACAUUGUUCUGUUUGCCUCACAUUCGUUUAAGACUCUUAUUUUCGCCUUCAUUAGAAUCGGUUGCAGGACUAGAAAUGAAUAUGUCUUCUGUAGAUAAACGGUUAAACGCCCUUCAAGAGAAGAGUUUGUCAAGGGGAACGGCUCCCAUCGUUAUCGAGACUCUGGUGUUCAUUAUACCAUGCCUGGUAGGGCUGAUUGGUAACAUUCUCGUCCUGUGGAUCGUUAAGAAAAAGAGAAAUGAGGGCAAAGUGAUAUACUUGUUUAUCGGAGCAUUAGCUGUCACGGAUGUGUCGCUACUCGCUAUCUCCCCUAUUCUUGCACUCCCAGCGUUGGUGCUAGAAAAAUGGCCAUUUUCUGACCUUGUCUGCCAGUUUCACGCAUUCUAUAUGAUAUCCCUCGCAAGCGCAUCUAUACUGCUCAUGGCUGCCACCGCAAUCAAUCGGUAUUUCCAAGUCGUGCGCCCGAACUAUUAUCGAAUUUUGUUCACGCCAUCGCGUACAAGGUUUCUCAUUUGUGGAACAUUCCUGUUCGCUUGUUUUGCACCGGUUCCGUAUCUAGCUAGCGGAGAGAAAUACACUUUCAAUCCCGGAAAAGGCUUAUGUUUUCAAAAACCAAAUUUAAAACCAGCUUCACUAUAUGUAUAUUUUACAGGUAGUUGGUCGAUGCUUGUUUUAACCACGUGUUAUAUCAAGAUUUUUAAAUCCAUUCACAAUCACCAAGCCAGAGUAACCGCCAUGCAGCAAAACAGCAAUUUCAUCUCUGGACCAAGCGUCCAAGACAUCAAAGUGACGAGAAUUCUGUUGCUCACUGUACUGGGAUUUGUUUGUUGUUGGACACCAGUAAUAGUUAUGGAUAUAAUCGACAUGACUCGGGGUCUGUUCUCCUUGCCUCGGGAACUUUACUUAUUAUAUUCCUUUCUAGCAACACUUUCUUCCGUUAUCAAUCCUUUCAUAUACGGUGUUAUGAAUCCCAUGUUCCGGGAGGAAUACAAGAAGAUUCUAAAAAUGCCAUGUGCUGGUCGGAAUGCAGAGGUGCGACACGCAAAUCCGGUUAUAAGAAGUGCAGCUCCUGGUCGAAAUAUUGAGGCUGUAGACGUAGAAUCAACACAAAGAUCAACAGCUCCUUUUCGUACUACAGAAGUUGGGCCUGAAGGACCGCAACACUUUCUUCCGUUAUCAACCCUUUCAUAUACGGUGUUAUGAAUCCCAUGUUCCGGGAGGAAUACAAGAAGAUUCUAAGAAUGCCACGUGCUGGUCGGAAUGCAGAGGUGGGACACAUAAAUCCGGUAAUAAGAAGUGCAGCUCCUGGUCAAAAUAUUGAGGCUCCACACGUAGAAUCAACACAAAGAUUCACAGUUCCUUGUCGUACUACAGAACAUGGGCAUGAAGGGCCGCUGAGAACAACAACAGGUACUGCCCGGGAUAUAGAGGAUAGGCAAACGAGCCCAAUACAAAGGCCGUCUACUUCUGGUUGGAAUAGAGAGGUUGAACACAUUAAGCCAGUACAAAAAUCAACCCGAGCUCCUAUCUGGAGUACAUCGAUUGAACAAUAAUGGCCCGUGCAACUGAUAAGCGAUGUCGGUCGGGAUAUCGAGGUUGAAUACUGGACAAAUGAAUAUAAAGACUACGAGGUUGCGUUUUUGCUUUGGAAUCGGACGGUUAACAUUGUACCUUCAAUUGUGGCACAUUUUCGUUCGGAAGACAUUUAGAAUAGACUUUAUAGCUUGUGUUGUGUUAAGGAUUAAAACAAUAAAUAUAGCUUGUAGAAGUUAGCUUUAAUUUAUCGCAAGGGCGAUAUUUAUCUAGUAAAAUGUGGUCAUUAAUCAUGUUCACAGCUUUCGUCUACUGUAACCUAGAUACCAAGUAGCCUGCGGAAGGCACUGUGCAGCUGAAUCAAAAUUUAACAAUAACAGCUCACGAACAAAUGAAAUCCUUUUAUUUUGGCGGGAAAAUUAUUGGCGGGAAAAUCUCGCGCGCAAUAUUUGCUGUACACAAAAGGUUCGUUGUCCUUGGCCUUCUUCGAAUUCAUUUUAGCUGUUGAUAACUUUCUAUUAGUGUAGGUUUCUGAUGCGUGUUGAUCGUACAGUUUUAUAACCUUUAAGACCACCUGGUAAAUGCAUUCAUGCAGGCCAAUACCGAGUUUCGGCAACAGGCUUUCAUGAUACCAACCGUGCCUUUGUAUAUAUUUUUCAUCAUUUUAUUCUACGUUUUGCGAUUAUAGCUUUAAUUUUCAGAUAUGAGGCAUGCAUGGAGCUUGCUUUGUGAGUUAUCCCAGCCUGAGAAAACUUGUAGAAUAAAAAUGAGCUGUGACCUUAUCUCAUAGUUGGAACUUAUCUCUUAAUAAAAUCAACUUUCGCAAUUGUAUAGAAAUCGCCAACAAUUAAAUUCAAUUUAUGUCGAUUCAGGAGAACGAUUGUCAAUGGGGUAACACAGAUGUCAAAAGUAAUACCUAAAAUUAAUAAACAUUGUUUAAUUUGCCUCACAUUCGUGCUAGACGCUUAUUUUCGCCUUCAUUAGAAUCGGUUGCAGGACUAGAAAUAAAUAUGUCUUCUGCAGAUAAACGGUUAAACGCCCUUCAAGAGAAGAGUUUGUCAAGGGGAACGGCUCGCGUCGUUAUCGAGACUCUGGUGUUCUUCAUACUAAGCCUGGUAGGGCUGAUUGGUAACAUUCUCGUCCUGUGGAUCGUAAAGAAAAAGAGAAAUGAAGGCAAAGUGAUAUACUUGUUUAUCGGAGCGCUAGCUGUCACUGAUGUGUCGCUACUCGCUGUCUACCCAUUGUUUGCAUUUCCAGUGUUGGUGCUUGGAAAAUGGCCAUUUUCUGACUUUUUCUGUCAGUUUUACGGCUUCUAUGUCUCAUGCCUCGUCAGUGCAUCUCUUCUUCUAAUGGCCUUCACCGCCAUUAAUAGAUAUUUCCUAGUCGUGCGCACUAACUAUUAUCGACGGUUGUUCACUUCAAUGCGUACAAGGUUCCUUAUUUGUGGAGCAUUGGUGCUGGCUUGUAUUGUACCAAUUUCGUACCUGGCUAGCGGGGAAAAGUACCUUUUCAAUCCCGGAAAAGGCUUUUGUUUUCAAAAAACAAAUUUAAAACCAGCUUCGUUGUUAAUCUACUUUAGUUGUAGUUGUUCGAUGCUUGUUUUAACCACGUGUUAUAUCAAGAUUUUCAGAAAAAUUCACAAUCACCAAGCCAGAGUUACCGCCCUACAGCAAAACACCAAUUCCAUCUCCGGACCAACCGUCCAAAACGUCAAAGUGACCAGAACUCUGUUUCUCACUGUACUGGGAUUUGUUUGUUGUUGGACACCAGUAAUAGUUAUGGAUAUAAUCGACAUGUCUCGGGGUCUGUUCUCCUUGCCUCGGGAACUUUACUUCUUAUAUUCCUUUCUAGCAACACUUUCUUCCGUUAUCAAUCCUUUCAUAUACGGUGUUAUAAAUCCCAUGUUCCGGGAGGAAUACAAGAAGAUUCUAAAAAUGCCAUGUGCUGGUCGGAAUGCAGAGGUGCGACACGCAAAUCCGGUUAUAAGAAGUGCAGCUCCUGGUCGAAAUAUUGAGGCUGUAGACUUAGAAUCAACACAAAGAUCAACACCUCCUUUUCGUACUACAGAAGUUGGGCCUGAAGGACCGGUGAGAACAACAACAGCUACUGCCCGGAAUAUAGAGGUUAAGCAAAUGGGCCGAAUACGAAGACCAUUAACUUCUGUUUGGAAUAGAGUGGUUGAACACAUAUAGUCACAUGGUUCGAAUGAACUGGUGUUAUGAUAGGGGGUACAUAGAGUAAAACAAUAACUCUACAAGGAUAUAACAGUUUUGAACAUUUAUAGCGAAAGGCUAUACAUUUAUUUUGAAAAAAAAAACCUUUAGGAACGAACCUUAUAAAUGACAAAGAACACCUUUAGAACUUUAAUGACAAUCCUUAUUGACAAGGUUCAUUUUCCUUUCUAGCAACACUUUCUUCCGUUAUCAAUCCUUUCAUAUACGGUGUUAUGAAUCCCAUGUUCCGGGAGGAAUACAAGAAGAUUCUAAGAAUGCCACGUGCUGGUCGGAAUGCAGAGGUGGGACACAUAAAUCCGGUAAUAAGAAGUGCAGCUCCUGGUCAAAAUAUUGAGGCUCCACACGUAGAAUCAACACAAAGAUUCACAGUUCCUUGUCGUACUACAGAACAUGGGCAUGAAGGGCCGCUGAGAACAACAACAGGUACUGCCCGGGAUAUAGAGGAUAGGCAAACGAGCCCAAUACAAAGGCCGUCUACUUCUGGUUGGAAUAGAGAGGUUGAACACAUUAAGCCAGUACAAAAAUCAACCCGAGCUCCUAUCUGGAGUACAUCGAUUGAACAAUAAUGGCCCGUGCAACUGAUAAGCGAUGUUGGUCGGGAUAUCGAGGUUGAAUACUGGACAAAUGAAUAUAAAGACUACGAGGUUGCGUUUUUGCUUUGGAAUCGGACGGUUAACAUUGUACCUUCAAUUGUGGCACAUUUUCGUUCGGAAGACAUUUAGAAUAGACUUUAUAGUUUGUGUUGUGUUAAGGAUUAAAACAAUAAAUAUAGCUUGUAGAAGUUUGCUUUAAUUUAUCGCAAGGGCGAUAUUUAUCUAGUAAAAUGUGGUCAUUAAUCAUGUUCACAGCUUUCGUCUACUGUAACCUAGAUACCAAGUAGCCUGCGGAAGGCACUGUGCAGCUGAAUCAAAAUUUAACAAUAACAGCUCACGAACAAAUGAAAUCUUUUUAUUUUGGCAGGAAAAUCUCGCGCGCAAUAUUUGCUGUACACAAAAUGUUCGUUGUCCUUGGCCUUAUUCGGAUUCAUUUUAGCUGUUGAUAACUUUCUAUUAGUGUAGGUUUCUGAUGCGUGUUGAUCGUACAGUUUUAUAACCUUUAAGACCACCUGGUAAAUGUCAUUCAUGCAGGCCAAUAUCGAGUUUUAGGCAGCAGGCUUUGAUGAUACCAACCGUGCCUUUGUAUAUAUUUUUCAUCAUUUUAUUCUACGUUUUGCGAUUAUAGCUUUAAUUUUCAGAUAUGAGGCAUGUAUGGAGCUUGCUUUGUGAGUUAUCCCAGCCUGAGAAAACUUGUAGAAUAAAAAUGAGUUGUGACCUUAUCUCAUAGUUGGAACUUAUCUCUUAAUAAAAUCAACUUUCGCAAUUGUAUAGAAAUCACCAACAAUUAAAUUCAAUUUAUGUCGAUUCAGGAGAACGAUUGUCAAUGGGGUAACACAGAUGUCAAAAGUAAUACCUAAAAUUAAUAAACAUUGUUUAAUUUGCCUCA